GAUGGACGAGUCGCCACGUCGAGCUGAGUGAUGGGCUCGGGCGGCCUCCGCAGGGAUGAGCGGCCGCGUUGCGUUGGGAGCGCCGUUGCUAGGACACGGGGACACCUGGCAGCGGCAGGAGGAGGAGGAUGCGGCGGCGCUUGAAGGGGUGCGGCGCUGAGCCGGCGGCCGCGCUCGCAGGAGGCCGCUACGAGCUGCUGGGGCCCCUGGGCCACGGCGCGUUCGGCCGGGUCCACCUGGCGCGCGACACCGAGGCCGCCGCAGAGGACGCCACCGUGGUGCUCAAGGAGGUUCCGCUUCGGGGGGCGGCCCCGGGGCACGAGGCGCGGGCCCUGGCCGAGGCGCGGCUGCUGUCCCGGCUCGGCCACCCGGCCGUGCUGCGCUUCCACGGCAGCUUCGUGCAGGACGCCAGCCUCUACAUCGUGACGGAGCACUGCGAGGGAGGAGACCUGCACAUGGCUGUGGAGAGGCGGCGCCAGGAGGGCUCCCAGUUCGCGCUGCCGCGCGUCGUGGAGUGGUUCGUCCAGCUGCUGCUGGGCCUGCAGCACCUCCACGACAGGCACAUUCUCCACAGGGACCUGAAGACGAGAAACAUCUUCCUGAAGAGCGGCAUGGUGAAGAUCGGGGAUUUCGGCGUGUCCCGCGUGCUGGCAGGGCCCGCGGACCUGGCCCUCACCUUCACGGGGACCCUGCACUACAUGAGCCCCGAGGCGCUGCAGUGCAGGGGCUACAACUCCAAGUCCGACGUCUGGUCUCUGGGCUGCGUGCUGUACGAGCUGUGCGUGCUGGAGGCCGCCUUCACGGCGCGCAGCUGCGUGGCCCUGGCCUUGCGGAUCACCCAGGGCCCCACGCCGGCCCUCCCCGCCUCGCGCCCAGCCGCCCUCAACGCCAUCGUGCAGAGGAUGCUGAGCAAGGAGCCCGAGGGGAGGCCGUCGGCCAGCGACCUGCUCCGGGAGACGAUCGUCGAGAGCGCCAUGCAGGGACUCCGGGACAAGCUGAGCGCGCUGACUGCCAGCGAGGGCGCCGAGCGCGGAUGCAGCCGCGGCCACCCAGGGACGGGAGGGGGGCCUGGCGCGGCGGGAGGCGAGGCCGAGGAGGAGGAGGAGGAGGGUGAUGGUGGUGGUGGUGGCGGGACGUGGGCGAGUGCCGAGAGCGGGGAGGGCGAUCGCGCGCUCCGAACCAAGCUCGACGCGUCCCCCGUGCGCGUGGGCAGCGGGGGUGGGCGAAGCGAGCGCCGGGCACUCCCCCCCGAGCAGCAGGAGUACUCCACCUCCUCCUCUACCUCCUCCUCCACCUCCUCCUCCACCUCCUCCUCCACCUCCUCCAGCCUCGAGGGCGGUGUCGGCGCUCUGCUCGACUGCCUGCGAGGAGCGCUGCGCGGGAGCACGAGGGCCACGGCGACGGACCACGGGGGGGAGCACGGGGGGGAGCACGGGGGGGAGCACGGGGGGGGGCACGUGGACGCCCCGAGCCCCCCCUCCCCGCUCACGGACACGGAUAACUCGCUCGGCGCGCCGCGGUGGCGUCCGUGGGAGGGGGGCACCGGGGGAGGGGAGCACCAGGUGAGGGGGGCACCGGGGGAGGGGGGCACCGGGGGGGCGUCGCGACCGGCGACGGGCGGACGGGACCCGGGGGCCAUCGACUCGGACGCCCUCGACUCGGGGGAGGGCCCCACGCUCCGGGGAGACGACCCCACGGACUCCUCCUCUUCUGCCGCCGCUCUCCUACAGCUCCUCUUCCUGCAGAAGCUCAGCCUCACCCUCGACUCCGCGGCGUCCGCCCCCAACGGGGGCAGCGCCGACUGAGCGCGCGGGCAUUAUCGUCGUCAUCAUCAUCGUCGUCAUAAUCGUCGUCAUCAUCAUCGUCGGUCGCUGUAGCCACGGCCAUAGCGGGAGGUACGUUGGGCGUGGUGUGCCGGCCAUGCACUAUUUUCCAGGUCGCCUACCCCCGACAAACCCGGGUGAAAGUCACGUCCACGACCCCGUACGCCACCGUCGGUGGCGGUAAACGGACACGAAUCUGCGGUCGUGCCCACUCCCGGAGUAAGUUAAUCCGUGCGGGGAACGGGGCAACGGCCUCACGCGACGCGCACGGCAUCAGUCCCAGCAGCAGCGAGCGUGUCGCUGAGCGUGUGCCCGUUUCACGCCGACCCCUGCGGCCCACACGGACGUUGGGGGCCAGAUUGGCACCUGGCCACGUGGGUUCGGAGAGGGCACUUCGUCUUCGCGGCGAUGCCGAGGUCAGGGCCCCCUGUCGCGGUGCCAUGGUCAGCUCGCUGGACUUGCGACCCGGGGGUCGCCGGUUCGAACCUGCGGCAAGGCAGCCGUCGCGGUGCAAGCUCCUGGAAUCCCAACGCCCGCCUUUGUGGACGCAGCCGUACGAAUGCGCUCGCUCCCACGAGUCUGUGAUGGGCAGGUCGUGUGUGGUGGGGUAAAGUGUGGGGACUACGGCCAUUUGUUUCCGAUGCGUCUGGGCCAGCGUCGAAGAGUAGGUAAACACAUCCGCUGUGGAGGCACGCUCUGGGGCUCCCCUCGAGUGGAGGCGCUUCCGCUACCCGGAGCGUGAGACAGCAGAGGCACUAAUUUCGCGAAACGCAAUUGAUCGCAGACGCGCUGCGUGUAAUUGCAGCUUUCAGUCUUUAACAUGAAAUGUGAUGAAAUAAACAUCAAUAGUGACGCAUUACUUAUUCACAAGUUUGCCGUUCUGAAAAAUCUCGACAAUGGUCUCAGAUAACACAACGACUGUCGAAAACAUUUGGAGAAGGGGCGGUGUGGAAAGUGUGGAGGGGGGGCUACUAAUCCCCCCCCCCCCCACCUGGGUGGGGUUCACAACCCCCGCCCCUCCCCG